AUGUUAACCUUAAUAUCAAUCGCCCUGUUCAGCCUCGUCAAUUGUGAGAUCUACAACUCGGGCCAUAGUUGCUACCAGAUAUGUUUGAACUACUCCAUGGCUAUUGGAAAACUGACCCACGAAUGGUGUAGUGAAUAUGCUAGUGACGACCUUUGUGUGAGUUCUUUGGUUUUGGAUUGGUUUUUGAAAGAUUAGACGUGAAUUUUUAGGUAAUAUAGGUUCUGUGCUUAAAUAAGCUUUAGUUUUAAUAUCGACUACUAUUAGUUUACUGUAACAGAAUUUAUUAGCAGCAAAGUUUUUGGGAUCACUUCCCACAAUAUGGUUUUAAUGGAAGACUGAUGAUUUUACAAAUAGAAAAACAGUUAAAAGUCAGACAAAGACUAUUUGGACAAUUUUCUUUGUCUUCAAUCUUACGAAAAUAUGUUGAUUUGUUAACUUGUUUUUAAUCGCUUUUGCGACAGGUUCUAAAAUGUUCGGAUUUGUUAAUAAUAGCUGCCAAAACUAAAACUUGUAAGAAGGUCUAAUAAAAAAUGGCAAAAACUCCCAAUUUAACAUAAAGUUCACAUAUUAACCUUGAUUUUUGUAAAAUACGACACCGAAAUAAAAAACAAAUUUUUAGAAAACAGCAGAAUGUUGGAGUAUGUGUCGAGACCUAAUAGAGCCAGAAAACUCUAUAGAUUUCUACUCGUUUCAAUCUGAUAAUACCACCGAACUUGUUGAAGUUGAGGAAGAAGAUGAAGAUGAACUACAAGUCAUAAAAGCUGACGAACAUAACAACAGAUUAUCGUGUACGUUUAUAUCCUUAACAUAAAAACCAUAUUUGAUCUUUUGAUAAACAUAAACUAGCCCUAUACUAGCCAAAUAACCUUGGCUGAUCUACUACAACAUGUUUUUAAAAACAAUUUAUUUUAACCCCGCCCAAAAAUAAAAACAAAAUUAAACGUAUCCAAUAUCUAAAUUUAGUAUUUGAAGUAAACUCACGUACCCUCUACAUUGUUCUCGCCUUCUUGGCCGUUCAACUAAACGUUCUUGUUCUGCUCAUCGCUUGCGGCGUCCGACGAUGUUCUCCUGAAGGAAUUGGAGUCGAAAUUAUAUGA